AUGGCCCGAACCAAGCGCCAAAACACACAGCCUUUGGAGGAUUCCUCCGUGGCCCCCGAAACCUUCACCGACGGCCUCCCACUCCCGAAGUUGAUCGCUUUCGACCUGGACUACACACUGUGGCCGUUCUGGGUUGACACACAUGUCAGCGCACCCGUCAAGGCACGCGACAACAACUCGCGUGCUGUAGACCGAUGGGGAGAGUCCUUCGCCUUUUAUCCGGCAGUCUCAUCCAUAGUUUACGCCUGCAAACAUCGCUCGAUUCCACUGGCCCUUGCAUCGCGAACCCAGGCCCCGGAUCUGGCCCGCGACAUGCUCAAAUCCCUGCAUAUCAUCCCCACAUUCUCCGAUAACCCCGCCGCGAACGCUAAGACCAUCCGUGCCCUCGACUACUUCGAUUUCAUCCAGAUCUACCCCGGGAGUAAGACAUCGCAUUUCUCGAAAAUCCAGCAGACAAGCAAUGUGGCUUAUGAGGAUAUGCUGUUCUUUGAUGAUGAGGCGCGGAACCGAAACGUCGAGACGGAGUUGGGUGUCACAUUUUGCUUGGUGCGCGAUGGGAUGACCAGGGACGAGGUCGACCGGGGCGUUAGAGCUUGGAGAAAGCGCAAUGGUAUCAAGAAAGAGACUGCAGAGGAAUCAUGA